AUGGUCUCCGUACGAAUUGGUGGGCAGUUGGCGAAGAUACCGCGGCAUUCGAUCUGGAGGUACGGUCUUGUUGCUCGCUUCAAGUCGUCUAUCUCAAUUGAACCCGUAAUUAAUGAAGUACCCUAUGCAACAGUUGAGGAGAAAACGCUGUCCUCGAGAGUCUCAAACCCGGAAGCUUUGAUUGCAGAGCUUGAAAAAUAUACCAAAUACUUCCCAAAAGACAGAUUAACAAAUGGCCAGAUACAGUCCUAUAAAUAUCUAGUGAGAGGUUCAAACGAUCACCAAACAAUCAGAGUUGGAAUAAUUUAUGCUGACCAGGCGGCUAGAUCACGCUCGAAAGUGGUAGAAAGUUUGCUUGCAGACCCUUUGGCGCUGGAGAAUCAAGUUUGGUACGAUCCUGUCAAGUCCAGAUCCAGGAGCAGAAUAAAUAAAUUUGUGUCUCUUGACAGCCUUGGCGAGAAUCAAGAAAAGGGCGAAGAUCUAUACGGGGUGCAAUCUCCAUUGUUAAAUGCUGCCAUCAGACCUUCCUUUUCAGAAUCGCUUCAGCUGAUAAGAUCAUAUGAUGACAGUAAUAUUGUCUUGACAGAGAUCCAGGAGUUGGACCAAUUAAAUGCAUCCGAGUAUCACUAUUUAAUCAAUGUUGCUACAGAACUUGAGCAGCUCAUUUCGUCUCCUUACCCAAAGGAUAUACAAAGUAAAAUCUUGUUAAACAUAAUUGACAACACAGAAUAUUCUCCAUUCUCAUCUGAGAGCACUCCUGUGACAUUUGAUACAGUCAAUGUUCAGUCACAUACAAUCAAAAUCGAUUCAAAUCUUGUUUACAAUGGGAUUGAGGAGUUCUUAAAGUUUGAUACCAAAGCUGGCACUGUGUAUAUCGACUCCAUUCAGAAUAGUAAUAUUUUGGAACUCUAUAAAGCAAUUGUUUGGUACCUGAAAACCCAUACGUUGACGCAAUGGUUAUUGCAUGGAAUCAAAUUUCAAGUCAAAGGUUCAAUAGAGAAUAACGAAAAUUUGCGUAUCGAUCUUGCAGGAAUCAAAGAUCAGGAAAUCAAUAGAUAUAGCCAGCUUGUGCAUCUGGAAUUACAAGAUCACUUGAUCCCUGAUACCAGAUCUUUUUUCAAGAAGAAUUUAGCUUGGUGGAAGCUCUACUAUAAGAACGAUAAUGUGGAAUAUGAUCUCAAAGAUUUCUUCAAUAAAUCCUUCAUGAAUAAUAGCAUUGAGAAAUAUAACUACUUGAGAGGACAUAUCGUUUCUCAGCUACAAAACCAAAGCUUUGCAAAUUAUAGUUCAGAGAAGGAGAAAUCCAAUCCCUUGUUUGAAAUGAAGUACCAAUUGAUAAACCAGAGACUUUCAACCGAAAUUCAACCUCAUGUAUAUAAAAUUUUGGGAAAGGCGUUUACAUUGUAUCAGUUACCAAUUUCCGUCAUAUCAUUCCUUUCUUACCAAUAUUUCGACUUUUCAUCGAAUGCUGCUUUUGCUCUUGGAUUAUUAGGCUGGGUAGUUGGAUUUAAUCAAGUUUCCAAAGCAUGGACUGCGAUCACGUCAAAGUGGAGUAAUAACUUAUUUGAAGAAGUCAGAUUAUGUGUUGGUAAAGAUUGUAUUGAGAAAGGGUUGUUACAAGAAUUCUCUGUUCGUUUCGAAGAGGAACAGAAACUCUACAAGAUUAAGCAAGAGGUUCUAAAGAGUAUUGAUAAAGAAUGUAAGAUUAAGGUAUAA